CUGGAGUAUGCAUGAAUAUUAUAUUUCACGCGGACUGUGUGAUUUCGAACUUGCCGACCUUACAGCCAGACAGGUCAACGUACUAAAAGCUCUACAAAUGUACCCCGAAUUCAAACUAGCCGAUACCCCUUCGAGUCCUUUGGUAGUUACCCCAGUGACGUGGCCGAAAGGAAGGUACGGUCUUCCGGAAAUAAAUCUUGAAUUCAGCGACGGCUGUGCAAUUUCUCCCGACUUCGUGUUUGACUCUACUGGAAUACGUUACCAGGACAAUAACGACAUUUCCACUGGCAACAUGUGGUCUAAUCCAUUCAGUCUGAAAGGACCGUAUACGUCCAGCAACGUGUAUUGGAACUUUUGCAUGAAAAUGGUAGAUGUCGCCACCAACGACGAUUGGAGUUGGAUGAAAGGGGAAUACUGUAUAUACAGGAAAUACGUAUGCCCCAGAGGUUUUACUUCUGGAUACGUAUAUUGGGAUGAUGAGGACCUGGCUAACAGGAACAACCACACUGGAUCUCUACCAGACGGCUUUUACAACGAAGAUACCAUUGUGUACUAUUGCUGUCGCGAGGAUGCGCCCUCAGUCGACCAUGUGAUCUACUUACCGACCGAUCGACCCUUCGCCCUGAUAAAGCGGACUGAUAACUGCCCAAACGUGUACGGCAUGCAAGUGAGCCAUCAAUGGUUUUACUGGGACAACGAAGACAUGUUUGACGGCGGUGGCUCGCAUACAAGUGGAUUUCAUCCCUUGGAGACGGGAGGAGACGAGGAUCACCAGUUACAUUACUGCUUUUAUUAUUAAUCGUAUGCACGCGAAUAUUUUUUUUGCGAAGUGUAUGUAGUGUUGGUUUGAUUGAAGUUAGUAAAUAAUAAAGAUAUAUACAGUAUAAUAAUGAA